UGCUUGGGCGGGGCCGGUAGCGGCGGGAGCUGCACUGGCCAGGGGUUCCGGCUGCAUUUCUAUGAGCACCGCCGGCAGCCGUGGAGCUGCAAGAACCGGACGCGGGGCGAGCUGGGCAGCUGUAAUCAGCUUUUAGGUUAAUUUGAAAAAGAGAUCUGACCAGCCCAGCUGUACAACUCUUCAAGAAAAGUUCCCAUUUGCAGUGAGAAGAAUAAGUGACAUAGAUCAAGAUGAAUGCCAUGCUGGAGACCCCCGAGCUCCCGGCUGUGUUCGACGGGGUGAAGCUGGCCGCAGUGGCUGCCGUGCUGUACGUGAUCGUCCGGUGUUUGAACCUGAAGAGCCCCACAGCCCCGCCUGACCUCUACUUCCAGGACUCAGGGCUCUCGCGCUUCCUGCUCAAGUCCUGUCCUCUUCUGACCAAAGAAUACAUUCCACCGUUGAUCUGGGGGAAAAGUGGACACAUCCAGACGGCCUUGUAUGGGAAGAUGGGAAGGGUGAGGUCGCCACACCCUUACGGGCACCGGAAGUUCAUCACCAUGUCUGACGGAGCCACAUCGACAUUCGACCUCUUCGAGCCCUUGGCUGAGCACUGUGUUGGAGAUGACAUCACCAUGGUUAUCUGCCCAGGAAUUGCCAAUCACAGCGAGAAGCAGUACAUCCGCACCUUUGUUGACUACGCCCAGAAAAAUGGCUAUCGGUGCGCCGUGCUGAACCACCUGGGUGCCCUGCCUAACAUUGAGCUGACCUCGCCACGCAUGUUCACCUAUGGCUGCACGUGGGAAUUUGGAGCCAUGGUGAACUACAUCAAGAAGACAUAUCCCCUGACCCAGCUGGUCGUCGUGGGCUUCAGCCUGGGUGGUAACAUCGUGUGUAAAUACUUGGGGGAGACUCAGGCCAACCAAGAGAAGGUCCUGUGCUGUGUCAGCGUGUGCCAGGGGUACAGUGCACUGAGGGCCCAGGAAACCUUCAUGCAGUGGGAUCAGUGCCGGCGGUUCUACAACUUCCUCAUGGCCGACAACAUGAAGAAGAUCAUCCUCUCGCACAGGCAAGCUCUUUUUGGAGACCAUGUUAAGAAACCCCAGAUCCUGGAGGACACGGACUUGAGCCGGCUCUACACAGCAACAUCCCUGAUGCAGAUUGACGACAACGUGAUGAGGAAGUUUCAUGGCUAUAACUCCCUGAAGGAAUAUUAUGAGGAAGAAAGCUGCAUGCGGUACCUGCACAGGAUUUAUGUGCCUCUCAUGCUGAUUAAUGCAGCUGAUGACCCCUUGGUGCACGAAAGCCUUCUAACUAUUCCCAAAUCUCUUUCAGAGAAACGGGAGAACGUCAUGUUUGUGCUGCCUCUGCAUGGGGGCCACCUGGGCUUCUUUGAGGGCUCCGUGCUGUUCCCCGAACCCCUGACGUGGAUGGAUAAGCUAGUGGUGGAGUAUGCCAACGCCAUUUGCCAGUGGGAGCGUAACAAGUCGCAGUGCUCUGACACAGAGCAGGUGGAGGCCGACCUGGAGUGAGGCCUCCGGACUCUGGCUCCAGCAGCCCUCCUCUGGACCCCGCGUCCCCUCACCCCCGUUUCAGGUCUCCCAUCUCCCUCAGCGACCUGGAUCUGACCUCACACCAUCAGCGAGGGGCACCCGCCAUGCACACCUGUCUCGGAGUGGGCAGCUCUCCUGGGAGCUCCAGGCUAUUUUUGUGCUUAGUUACUGGUUUUCUCCAUUGCAUUGUUAGCCGUGGUGACAAGCGACAGAGUUCUCUCACCCUCCUGUCCAGUUUCAGCAUCUGAUUGCUUUUAAGCCAAUUACAUCUAGUUUCCCUAUUAAAAAAUGUGUCUGAACAGCAAUUUUGCUCUGCCAACCAAAAGGCUUUUCCCUGAGAAUAGUGAGGAUGUAUGUUGCUUUGUGGUGCUCAUAUGUGUCCUUACGUGGACCCUGAAAAGAGCACACCGGUCUGGCCCGAUGCCGAAGACACCUUUCAGCCUGGAGCCUGAGGAGCUGGCCCUCCCAGGCUGCAGUGUGGCCGCUUAAAUGGCAAAGGAAAUUCCUUCAAGUCACAAGCCAAGUUUUCUCCCACACUGUCUUCUAGUCAGUUCCCUGCACUUUGCCGCUGAUGAGGGUUAUGUGGGGCACUUGUUAAAAAUUCAGCCUCCCAGCUCCCUCCCCUUGGGAAGGCUGAUUCAGUGGGUCUGGGAAGGGGUCUGGGGAUUUCAGUUUUUCACAAGUGCCCCAGGGGAUUCUCAUCACCAGGUAAAUUUGGGAAACACCCUUCAAUGGCGCCUUUAAAUUAGAAACAUCUUCAUAGUUCAUUUUAUUGAAACUCAUAGGCAAAGGUGUCUCAGCUCCCAGGGGCCUCGAGAGCAGCAAGGCCUGCCCUGUGGCUGCUCUUGUGUGACCGCAGUGUGGUGUCUCAGAAGAGCCCUGCGUGGGAGAGCAUCUGGGCCACGCCCUGCCUCUGCUUCUCACCUGGACAACGUCCCUUUGGACUUCAGUUUCUUCAGCUAUAAGAAGGGGGACUUGGACCAGGUAGGUUGGUGAGAUCACUGCCAGUUCUGAAGUUCAAUGACAAACUCAGUUUACUGAGGUUUGAGAGAACAUCCCUCCAGCGGAGCCUGGGAGCUGUUCUCCCAGUGUAAGCAUGUAGAUAGCAUUGUCAUUUGCCUUUCUGUUCUGUCCCUUUCCAUUCAUAUAAAGAGGUGUUUAGGGGUUUUUUAAGCACUCAAUUAUAGUUUUAGUUUUUUAACCCAGGUCCCUCUAACUCUGGCUUUUGAUACCAAACAAUUCAAAAGUUGGAUCUCAGUUUGGAGAAAGAUACUUCCAGCUGAAGGGUGUUAUUUUGAAACGAGAUUUUUAAUUUACUAGCCUGUAUUUGUAGUCUGUUGGAUAACCCUUCCCAGAGUGUGUUUUCUCAAGUGAAAAUGUCACUCUAGGUUUCAAGUACUCCUACUCUCCAAUCCUGUGGUACUUGAAUAUCUAAAAACCCUGCACUUUGAAAAAUCCGCAGUUGCUAUCUGGAACUAAACAGAACUACGAGUGAAAUUGCCUGGAUACUUUAAAAAGGUAUUUUCCCUGCUUCAUCUCCUCUGGCUCCAGGACAGACUGGAAUAUAGGUAGUGGGUCUGUGUGGAUGUUUAAGGGGCAAAAGGUGUCAACUGAGCACCUGAAUGCCAACCCUCGUGGCCACGGGGGUGUAGGUUGGACAUCGGUCCAAGUGACUGUGACAAUAACGUCUGUAACCUGAAGAAAUUUUCUGACAAUCAACAGAUUAUCCUAUUAACAUCAAAAACAGCCAUUAUCUCAGAAGAUUGAGAUUUCUGUGCUCUCGACUCUGCUUUGGUAUUUCUCACACUCACCAAAUUCUGUCAUUGUGACUUUUCCCCAAAGUUAUUAUCUCUCUGAUCCAUUUCCUUUUCAUUUUCUUUUUGCACAAUUUGGCACUUUAUCCAUCCCUCAAUUUGGAAGCUCGUCCCUCUCCUCUGUUACUUUUCUCUCCACCCAAUCUCAAUUGUAAUCUAGAAGAUUCAUAGUCAUAUUUUCUGCUACUACCUUCAUUUCUCAAAACUUUGUGAAAAUAGGUAAAUCAAGCAAUAGCUUAUUUCAGUCCUGGGGUUGAAUCACAUCCUGGGAAUAAGAGGCUCCUUUCAUUUGCCUGAGGCCACAUCUCUUAACCUAUUCUGACAAAGUAGUGGCCAGCCCGGGUACCAGCUCUAUUCAGGAGGAGAAGAGACAGUCCUGUUGUCGCACAAAUGAGAGAGGGAAGCCUCGGAGCCUGGUGGGCAUGGCGGUCCUGGUGGCCCUCAUAGAAGAGAGGCGUGGCUAGCAGCAUAGCGCUGGUUGCCACACAACCAGAAUUCACCCCCCAGGACCGUGGGGGCCCUGUCCCAGCUGAACUCUUUUUAGUGUGUGACUCUGAAUUGCACUUACGUUCCAUUUUGGCUCACAUGAAAUCAACUGAAGCCCUUUGUUCGGGCUCUGGGCCCUCAGGCAUUGAAAUGAGAAGGGACUGUGGCUGCCACACAGGACAGUUCCUGUCUGUCCCUGAAUGGGAGCACAGAGGCGCUGCCUUCACAGAGAUGCAAACUCGCCUAGUAAAUGAGGGAGGAGCAUUUUCUAUAUGGGUCAUCUUUUCCCUCCUGCAGGCUUGUCUUCCCAGAGUCGUUCACUUCUGAUGGUAACGUGAAUGCUUUUCUUGCUAUUGAGGUCCGGGCUAAAACAAGCCUCAAUUUUAAGAGUGUUUGAAUAUUUUAAAAUCAAAUUAAGGAUAUAAAUUGCAUCGAUCUAGACAAUUCUGUUGCAGGAAUAACAUGUUAAAAACCAAGCGGGGGCAGCAGCUGCGUUUCUCCUGUUGCCUUCCCUGCCUCCUAGACAAUUUGAAGACACCAAUGAAUAACUGAUCCCAGUCAAAUUAAGAUUAUCUCACUUGAAAAACAGUGUCAAGUCUCUGACUCAUUUAUGUUAGAAGGGAGUUUAACAUCUUGAAGAAAACCUCUUGUCUUUACUGCUGUGAGUUUGCACCAGUGAUUCCAGAGCAGAACGAAGGUAGAAAGUUGUUUGUUGUUACAAUAUUCUUUUAACCUCUCUGAAGCAUUUUAUAUACUUACAGGGAGGCCUUAUGAACUACCGUGAGAGUGGAAAUAUACCCAAAAGAGGAAUGUUUCUUUUUCUGACGUGCUGUUAUAGAGCCAAAGUCCAGGAGACCUGGGUUCUUGUCCUAACUGUCUCUAAUUCAUAUUGGAUCAUGGGCAAGUCGCUUCACCUGUCUGAGCCUGUUCCCUCAUCUUAGACCAUCUCCAAUACUACUUCAUUUAUUUACACAUCACUUGCUUAAACAUUGCUGAACAUUUGCCUGAACUUGGCUUUCACAGCCUUGCAGGUGGAAACAGCUAUGUCAAGGCUCAAGACUCAUCUUGCAGUGACGUGGAGUAGGGGAGCUUCUACAUUAAGCCUUUCCUGGUGGAAACCUUUGUCCACAGCCCUUGUCUUUGGCUUCUCUGCAGAGUCUCCAUUGUCAUUACAAUAUCUGAGCCUUUCCGAGGGUGGUCUUGUGACUGUGGCAGGUGCUGCCCACUAGCAUGCGGAGAAGCUCUCCAUCCCUCAGUGCGACUCAGGCAGACUGUUGAGAACUGCUGGGGCAGAAACACUUCCUGCUCGGGCUUUCAUUCUAGAGCUACGGUCUUCAUUAAAGCUGAACUUUCUGGGUAGCUGAGCUUACUUGCCUGGCCUCCGAAUGAAAGCUCUCUUUGUAACUGUGUGGCUCAAGGUCUGUUUUGCCAGCUCCAGAAACAAUACAUGUGUCCUCGUUCGUGUUUGCCAGGCAAGCAGAUGUCUGAGAUGCGAGAGGCUUUUCUUUUCCUGGGGCAUUGAUUCUGACUUGGAGAGAAGGUAAAGGCGACUGAAAUGUCACGUGGGGCUGAAGGAACUCAUAGGUUCCUUUGUCCUUUAGGCAGGAUAGGAGGGUUAUUAAGAAGCAUUCCACUGCAGCAUUCUGUCACAAUCUCAUCUGGAAUUGUUUUCUUUGCCCAGAAAGCCUUAACUUGCCUCUAGAUAAUCCCCUGGUGUUACAACAAUAUUGUGGCAUUAGAAUUCAAAUUCUCCUGCUGUGGAAGGUUGAAGCAAAGCCACAGCAAAACCAGAGAAUUUCCUCAAGUGGCCUGUAGGCUCGUUGUCAUGUUCUGUCUCCCCCCCACCCCCUAACAAUAUGAGUGAUCCAGAACUGACCAAAACGCCUUGUCUCUGGCUCUUUUCUGCCCUUCUUGGCCUUACUCUGUUGUUCAGAGCCACUUUGGACUGCUUGGAUGCUUCAGAAAGCCAUGAAAAGUAGCCUGCCUGUGGCAUUCAGAGGCCAAGCAAUUGAGGGAAAGAUUUUCUUCCACCUGUUAAGCAGAGGGAAGUACCCCUCUUCAUAAACUAGAAUUGCUUUUGCCAAAUUGUACUUGAAGCUAGGGGAAAGGGAACUGGCCCCUGCUGGCAGAGAGAACUAGAAUGUGGACCAAGGCAAAGGCUGCUUCCUCUUGCCUAUGUCUCUGCUGCGCUACCCCCGGAUGCUAUAGCCCAGGCAUCCUCCUGGAGUGGGCCUUGGAAACAGGCCGCAGGGUCCCAGAAAGUACACAGCUGCUCCCCUUGGAAGAGUCAGUCCCCCAUGUUUUCUGAACUGUUUUUCCCAGCAUGUGGGUAAAGCUUUCAAGUGUCUCUAAUAAAUAAGCUGAAGUUAAUUUCUAACUGGUGCAUUAAGUCUAACAUUCUGAGUUCCAUCAAGUUAUCAGCUUUUAACUAGACUCCUGUCAAUUAGUAAUGAAAUCUAUAACCUACCUUUCGCUUCUGGUCCCCAUUAGCCAAGAAAUCCACUAUUGCCAUAAGUUGGGGACAGUCCACUUAGAGCAUCUGUAGAAACACCCUUUGUCUCUAAGGGCAUUCUCCUUCCAGAUCACCCACCUUGAGCUGCCAGCAGUCACCUAAAUGACUUGUUGCCUCCCUCGGUCCCAGUGCCGGCCACUUCUCUCCUCGGGUGUUCGUGUGGGUGGACAGAGUUUCUGGCUAUAGAGGUUAGGUCUUGUUUGGUUUUUAUUUUGGCCUUUUUAGUUUUCCUAAAGCACAAGUCCAUGUAGAAUCCUGCCACCUCUCCACACCAGUUCCAGGUGAUCUGGGUCUCUCCCACUGCCUCAGGAAGACCUUCACUGUACCUGAGCUUCUGACUUCUGCCACUGCAGCUGCCUUAGUGACGCCAGGGGAGGGGAAGGGGGGGCAAGUUUGCAUCUCUCCUUUUCCUGGUUAGACUCUGUUCAACCACAUUCUUAAGUUGGCAGAUCUGCUUCCAGAUUGAUUUUUGAGAACCAUCACUUUCACAUUCCUAAUCCUGGUUUGUUUUGUUUUGUUUCGUUUGGGUUUUCUGAAACUUAAAAUGCUGCCCUGAAAACACUGUAUUUUUGAGUUUGUGUUCUGAAAGCCUCCGUGCUGCUGGAUCCUUGGGGGGGAGAUGUAGGAUCCUUCAGCACUGAGGUGUUUAAGAUUUGCAACUAGCAAUGCAAUUUUUUCUAAAUAUGAGGAUAUUUACCUUUAUUAAGAAAUUAUACUAAACAAUGGUGUCCUUGAUCAUUUUAUGUUCUCAUAUUACUUUUGAUUCUAUUAUGAUUCUGUGUGGUGGUAAACAAAGAUCAUUACAAACAAAAACUAUAAUUUUGUUAUCUUUGAGUCAGUGGAAUUUCUUUACUUAAAAAAAUAAAGACUAAAAAUAUGG